UGCCCUCGGAGUGAAGCACACAAUGAAGCUGAAACCAUGGCUGCCCUUUGGAUCCUCUCCUGCCUUGCUUUUGUCAAUGCAGCCUACGGAUGUGGGGUUCCUGCUAUCCCUCCUGUCAUCACUGGCUAUUCCAGGAUUGUGAAUGGUGAGGCAGCAGUGCCUCAUUCCUGGCCCUGGCAAGUGUCUCUGCAGGACUCAGCUGGUUUCCACUUCUGUGGUGGCUCCCUGAUCAGCGAAUGGUGGGUUGUUACUGCUGCCCACUGCAAUGUGAUGGCUUACCAUCGCGUGGUCCUGGGAGAGCAUGAUCGUUCUUCCAAUGCUGAGCCCCUCCAGACCAUGAAGAUUGCCAAGGUUUUCAAGCACCUACGGUACAACCCUCUCACCAUCAACAACGAUAUCACUCUGAUCAAGCUCGCCUCUCCUGCCCAGCUCAAUGCUCAGGUGUCUCCUGUGUGUGUGGCUGAGCACAACGACAAUUUCCCUGGUGGCAUGAAGUGUGUGACCACAGGAUGGGGCCUGACCCAACACAAUGCUCCUAACACCCCUGCUGUUCUUCAGCAGGCCUCUCUGCCUCUUCUGACCAACGAUGAGUGCAAGCGCCACUGGGGCAGUAAAAUCACUGAUGUAAUGAUUUGUGCUGGAGCCAGUGGUGCCUCUUCCUGCAUGGGUGACUCUGGUGGCCCUCUGGUGUGUGAAAAGGAUAAUGCUUGGACCCUGGUGGGUAUCGUGUCUUGGGGCAGCGGCAAGUGUAACACCGCAACACCUGCAGUCUAUGCCCGUGUCAGUGCACUCCGCUACUGGAUGGAUGGGAUCAUAGCAGCUAACUAAAGAUCCAACAUUAAUAAAGAUGAUUUGAUAUCCUAA